AUGGACGAAAUGGUCACCAGUGUGUGUAAGGGAAAAGCUAUUGACCUGAUGAUAGCUGCUGACGCCACUGAUCGAGUCAGCAAAGAAAAGUUUAAAUUGCAAAUGAAAUUCAUCGAAAAACUCUUCCAGUACUUUGACGUGUCGAACUCAGCAACGCGGGUGGGCUUCCUGAAAUUCGGCCGCCGUGUCGAGUCCGUUUUCGACAUCAACCAACACAACAAUACGCAGGAUAUCAUCGACAUCCUGAAACACGAGCGGCAAAUCAAAGGCCGCGGACGGAUCAACAGGGCCAUCAAAUACAUGCGUACACGUAGCUUCCGACGGUCGCUGCUGAGGUUAGAUAUGAACACUCCUCACGUCGGACUGGUAAUCACAGGAAGCAAAUCAGACGAUCGGGAACAGACGUUGAAAGAGUCGCUGUUUGCUACCAGGGCAGGCAUCACAAUGUACGCUGUCGGAAUCGGACCGGAAGUGACGACACCUGAACUGGAAAGCAUUGUUGACGGUCAGAAGUUUUUUGAUCAUUAUUUCCACAUGGAUAAUUAUAACAACACUGCCAAAAUCCUUCAAGAUCUUGUUCUCAAGAUUUGCCGCGCUGAACCGUCUCCAAUCCCUGUGUCUGAUGCCGGUUGUGGUACCAGACAACCAGCUGAUGUUCUCUUUGCUCAUGAUUCUGCUAAUGCCGGCGUCUCCCGUACCAAACAGACCCUUAAUUUCAUCAAGUCUGUUGUUAAAGAAUUCGAUAUCGAUCCCGAACAUAUCCAAGUAGGGGGGGAGGACUUUUUGAUAAACAAUUUUCUUUUCAUUCUUUCUUUAUCUUCCAUUAUGAUUAGGUAUUUAUUUCUUAACUAUUAUUUUACUAUGGAAGAGAGUCGCUCUCUCUCUCUCUCUCUCUCUCUCUCUCUAUCUAUCUAUCUAUCUAUCUAUCUAUCUAUCUCUCCCUCUCUCUUUCACUACUGUCUAUUUCCCUCUCUCUCUCAUUUUCCUUUUGCACGCAUGUUUUUCCUCAUUUUUCACAAUCCUUUUUUUCUUUCUAAGCUAACUUCCUCUCUCUCUCUCUUUCUCUUUCUCUCUUUCUCUCUCUCUUUCCAUUUUUCUCUUUUUCGUCCUGCUUUCAAUAAUAACUAA